UGUACUUUGGGUGUGUUGCUCCUUUUUUUCUUUUUGACUUUUUUACAUGUCAUACUAGAAUUCACAGUAUCACCAUAUUCUCAUCCCAAGUGUGUUGAACUUAGGGCAUUUUCUGCCUAGGCGGAGUUCUGAGUCUACACCCUCAAUUUUGUCAAGAUCCCUCAUCGGUGCGUCACGCCCAGUCUGUGUACUUCAGCACAGCUACUGUCUUCCUGUGCUUUGCCAAAAUAAAUUGAGGAAAUGUAACUUGAAGGGUAGAAGCCAGAAAAAAUAAUGCCUGGGUGUUAUCUAUUUGUAAUCUGACACUGGACUGAACUGAGAUCAGCUAUUUCUGUGGAUGAUACAGAAACAUGCGAUUAUGGCUGGCACAAGUUCCAGGGCCACUGCUAUAAGUACAUGCCCCAGAGGAAAAACUGGGAUACAGCAGAAAGGGAGUGUCGUAUGCAAGGCGCUCAUCUCACCAGCAUCCUUUCCCAUGAGGAGCAACAAUUUGUCAAUCGCCUUGGACAAGACUACCAGUGGAUUGGUCUAAAUGAUAAGAUGUUUGACAGUGACUUCCGCUGGGCUGAUGGCAACAGUGUGCAAUAUGAAAACUGGAGACCAAACCAGCCAGACAGCUUCUUCUCUUCUGGCGAGGACUGUGUGGUGAUGAUCUGGCAUGAGGACGGUCAGUGGAAUGACAUUCCCUGUAACUACCACCUUACAUUCACCUGCAAGAAGGGCACAGUGGCUUGCAACCAGCCCCCUCUAGUGGCCAACGCACGCACCUUUGGUAAAAAACGUGAGAGAUACGAGAUCAACUCACUGGUGAGGUACCAGUGUCACACAGGCUUCAUUCAGAGGCAUGUACCAACUAUCCGUUGCCGUGGUGAUGGACGAUGGGAUGUUCCUAAAAUUACAUGCAUAACCCCAUCGAGUUAUCAGAGACCCUUUGUUAGACGACAUGAGCACAGAAGCCUCUACAGUGUCAACAACUUCAAAAGGCCAGAGGACGCCAUCAACUAUCAUCCUCAGCGCUACAGAGGGAGGAGGGAAUGGACUGGACACAAGCAGAGGAAGCUGUAAUUGAGAUGUAACAACAGCUUCUUUUUAAAGACCACAUUGCUGAUAAUGGUGUGAAAAUAGGGAAAAACAAGUUUUAAAUGAAAAGUAAAAAGAGAAGAAACCUAAUGGAUAACCUGUAGGCUCACUUUAUGUGGGACGACGAGGGAAUCAUCUUACGAAGUGCCUUUUCAAAAGAUGUUGACACGUCACUUUGUUUUAAUCACUGGCUCUGUGUCACAGUGUAUAUAAAACAUUUUCAGCUGGCUACUGGAAAAGCAAAAACAACAAUAUUCUCAUCAGUUUUGCUUGAGUUUAUGAAGCCAUACAUUCACGACUGUUGCUUCAGGCCUUUGUGAACCAACUGUGCUUUUGAAAAUAAUCUCAAGUGUUUCUUAAAUUUACAUACGUUACAUAAGUGAAAAACUAUAUGUCGAUGUCAAAUGCUUUUUUUCUAGUGGUAUUUAUGAGCAUUCCACUUUAACAAUAGACGAACGUCUGAGCGGGAUUUGUUCAGUGAACUGCUGGAGCACCUUUUUUGAAGCAGCAACUUUCAAAGCACCAAGAAAGUAUCUUUCCCUUUUACUGUAUGUUAACAGAGAAUGUCUUUAUCUUUCAAAUGACAUUUCAGUUGAAUUACCCUGCUUUUUCCUACAAAGGAAGACAAUCUUCAUCUUUGUUUCAAGUUAAAAGAAU